GUCGGAGUUGUUGUGAUGAAAAAAGUGGAAGUUCUAUUGGAAAAAAAGAUUAAAUAGACAUUCAUGAAUUAAAAAGUGUUAAAAAUGAUGAAUUUUGUGAAAUUGCACUAAAGUUUAAUCAUGUAUUUAUGUACGCGACAAAGACAACUAUUAAUAAAUAGGUGAAAUGGAUGAGUAUUCUGAAGAUUAUGAAGAACCCGAUUUGAAUGAGCAAAUUUUUCACAAUAAUGUCCGGGAGCAAAUUAUUUUCCUGUUGCUGUUUCUGCUGCUUAACCUGGCCAGCUACGGCAUCCUGCGCUACUGCCGUAGGCAGGGCCGCGAGGACUACUACAGCUCAGACGAGGACGAGGUGAUAGUGUUCAGGAUCAGCACGUGGAUGUGCACGUUUUCCCUGGCUGUCUCGAUUGGAGCCGUGCUGCUGCUUCCCAUCUCCAUCGUGUCGAACGAGGUGCUCAUCCUCUACCCCAACAGCUACUACAUCAAGUGGCUGAAUUCCUCUCUUAUACAAGGACUGUGGAACUACGUGUUCCUCUUUUCGAAUCUCUCGAUAUUUGUUCUGCUACCCUUCGCCUACCUGUUUACCGAGUCCGAAGGAUUUUUCGGCCAUAAAAAGGGCCUAAAGGCGAGGCUUUACGAGACGUCCACUGUUUUUUGUUUGCUGGGCGUCGUUGUGCUCGGCUUUGCCUAUGUGAUAUCGGCUGUGAUCGACCAGGAUAAAUCCAGUAUUCAAACCAUACUCAAUUUCUGGAGUUACUAUUUACCAUUCUUGUAUUCGUGCAUAUCGUUUUUGGGAGUGUUAAUUUUGCUCGUUUGCACCCCGAUCGGCUUCGUUCGGCUUUUCGACGUGGUCGGCGGCUUGUUGAUCAAGCCGCGCGACAUCAACGAGGAGUACGACGCGUGCGCGCUGGAGGAGGAGUACCUGCGCAGCAGGCUGCGGCGCGCGCAGUACGCCCGCACGGGCUACAAGUUGCCGCCCCCUAUGACGCCCGCCGACGACCUGACGCGGCUCGGCAACGGCCGGCUGCAGCACGAGCUCGGCGGUCGGCUGAGUCGGUUCGAAUUUAAACGGAAAAUGCUGGAUUAUGAAAGAAAUACUUCCUUUUUCAUAAGAAGUAUGUCUUACCCAACAGCUAUGUUACUGCUCAUUGGACUGACUAUUAUAGUAGUGUUAUUAGUUUUACAAAACUCUAUUUCCUUAUUAAUUGGAAUAAGAGCGUUACCUCUCAGUUCAAAGCAAUUUACGUUAGGCGUCAGUUCGCUGUCGAAACUGGGCCCGUUCGGAGCCGCAAUGGAAAUAGUGCUUAUCAUAUAUUUAAUUGUUACUUCCUCGAUUGGCCUUUACACGGUCCCUUUUGUCAACAGAAUUAUACCGAAAUAUAAGAGUACACCUUUCAGUUACAUCCUUGCCAAUUGUGCUCUUUUGCUCAUCAUCAGUUCCGCCUUACCUUUGCUUUCUAAAAUUUUGGGUAUCACGAAUUUUGAUCUUUUGGGAGAUUUUGGUAGUAUUGAAUGGCUGGGCAACUUUCAAAUAGUGUUGCUGUAUAAUUUGUCAUUUGCGGCCGCUUCCACGCUUGUUGUGGCCAACAAAUUUACUGUAAAAGUUCGCAGGGAGUUAUUUGCACGGUUGGUUGAGAAUUAUAUGUUUUUAAUAAGUUUCGUAACUUAACCAAAUUAACUCAUGUGCUUUUUCUGAACUAAUCCCUAAUAUCAAUAAUAACCUGUUUAUUUUUGAAUUUAUCAUAUCAUUUAAAAUGAAAUAUGUAUUAAUUUUUAAGUUAUUGUUUAAUUUUACGAUAAGUGUUGAAUUUAUAAUGAUGUUUGAUGAAAUAAAAUGUAAUUUAAAUUAUUUUAAAUUGGACUGUGAUGUUAAAAAUCAUUAGAUAAGAAAUUUAUUUUAUUUGUAUUGUAUUUUAAAUGUGUUAUAAUGCUGCCAGUACAAAAACGACUGAACAUUAUUUAUAAAAAACAUGGAAUUGAAAUUCCAUCCCACCUUAACAUUUUCUAUAGAACUAUUCCAACAAAGACUGACGCAAUGCAAUUUAAAAUGAUAAAAAUAUAAAUCGUUAAAUUAUUUUUUAAGAAAGUCAUGAUUAUUUGUAUUGGGUAUACCCUCUACAU